AUGGUCGUACUCAACUUCGCCCUCACGCCUGAAGCAGCGUCCAAGAUUCACGAUCUACUUGUGUGCCUUGGAAAAUUCAGCGACACAGUCGCCAUCGAGGCGCGUCGUGAACGAAUCACGUUCACCGCUCUCAAUUCUUCAAAGUCCGCCUAUGCUGCAUUGACGCUCAACGGCAAGCAAUUCUUCUCCAGCUAUGAGUGCAUACCCAACCAUGGCGGCCCCGACGGACGCUUCACAUGCAGCAUGUACACCAAAGCUCUCCUUUCGGUUUUCAAAGGGCGCCUGUAUGAUCCUCUGGGACGAGAUGGUGCGAUCGACAGGUGUGAGGUAAGCGUUCAGGAUCGCGCGGAUGAGACGCAAUGCCGCUUUAUCGUGAAAAUGGUGUGCAACCAAGGAGUCAUCAAAACCUACAAGCUUACUUACGAAGCUAUGGAUGUCAUGCAUGCUCUGUUCGAUCGCAACUCCGCGAGGAAUCGAUGGAGUAUGAACGCCGGCGCCAUGAAAGAGUACAUCGACUUUUUCGGUACCAAAACAGAGAUGCUGGAUAUCUUCGCAGGGGAAGACGGACGUGCUGUAUUCAAAAGCUACACGGAGAAGAUCGCGAAUGGCAAGGAGAUACUAAAGCAUCCACUGGUAACCGCCGUUGCGGUCAACACAUCUGAUUUCGAAGAAUUCAACGUCCAGCCUGGAAUGCACAUCGUCAUCAGCGUGAAGGACUUCAAGGCGAUCGUCAUCCACGCUGAGACCCUCAAGACCAGCUUGAAGGCGUACUACUCGCAUCCGAUGCGCCCACUGCAGUUCAGCUACGGCUGUGACGGUCUCCUGUGUGAAUUUACGCUCAUGACCUCAGGCGACUAUAACGGCACCACGGCACCGCCGAUUCCUGCACCUGCUCCCCAGCUAACCAGCAGAGCCGCCGCUCGCGCUGUUUCCACAGCUACCUCAGAGGCCUGCAACAACCGCAGCAUGCCACCACCGGUCGAGCCCGCCUCUCGACGGUCUGCCCGCCGCCAGGUGGGCUCACGCCAGCCAUCGUCGCCAACUCGGCCGGAAGUCGACCCGGAAAGUCUGUUCGUGAAUCAAGGCGAGGAAGGAGACACCCAAUGGGAACCCGUGGACUACAACAAUGAAGAAGAGGCGCUAGGCUGGGACGCCGGCGCAGAUCGAAACGCUGGAAACUUCGCGACCUUUCAAGAUAGUGGAAGCUUUUCAAGAUCAGAUGGAGUGCAAGGGAAUGCGGAUAGUAUGGAAGGCAUCGCACCUACGCAACGCGUAUCGCAAAUUAAGGGCUUGUGGUAG